GGCUUCGCUUCGCAUGUGACAACAAUGCUGUUGGAAGUGGACAUCUAAUUAUCUGUCUAAUCUAUGAAAAUAAUGUAGUGGUAAUGAAAAGUACUGUGCAAAAUUGCAUUCGGUGACCUCGAAAGGUACAGGUUCGUGAUGAUUUUCUGCUCAUCAAUUCGGACUGCUGUUUCACUUCCCGCUCGUCCUUUGUUCCUUCUCGAUCCACACAGUACCUGUCAAAUGGCAACCGACGCACAACAUGUAGUUUUAGAAACCUCGAUGGGGCAUAUUACCAUCGAGCUCUACUGGGAUCAUGCACCAAAAACCUGCAAAAACUUUUACGAGUUGGCACAACGCGGAUAUUAUGAUGGUAUCGGGUUUCACAGAAUUAUAUCGGAUUUUAUGAUUCAAGGUGGUGAUCCUACUGGAACUGGCCGAGGAGGAAGUUCAAUAUAUGGAGACAAAUUUGAGGAUGAGAUUCAUCCUGCUUUGAAGCAUACUGGAGCCGGUAUAUUAAGCAUGGCAAAUUCUGGACCUAAUACGAAUGGUUCACAGUUCUUUAUCACUUUGGCCCCUACUCCAUGGUUGGAUGGCAAGCACACAAUCUUUGGACGCGUUAGCGACGGCAUGAACGUGGUUAAGAGAAUGGGUCUGGUUUCAACUGACUCGAACGAUCGGUAAUGUGGUUUAAUUUUUUCAUUUUAUGAAGCGUCAGCAUUGCACCUUUUUAACCGUUAUACAUCUCAUUUCAGCCCACGAGAUAACGUUGUUAUUAUCCAUGCCAAAGCUUACUAAUGAUAGAAGCAGUGAAUCUGUUCAUUAAAAUAAAAUUGUCUGGCAUGAGAGUGCUUCCACUUGUAAUCAACUACCGCAGUCGCAUUAGGACUGCUUGCAUU